CGUAUGUGCAUGGAAUGAAACCACGGAUCCAGUCGGAGCUGGGUGGAGCAACGAAAGGCCUGAAAAUCUGAUUUACUAUUUUAUGGUCUCCUGCAAUUCUGCACCAGAAUAGAUGGAUUUGAUGAGACAGGAAGGAUGAAGAGCCCUUUGAUCUGUCUCAUGUCUCCUCUGAGUAGACCGGUGUCAAAGCGGACAGUCAGGAGGAAACAGCUGGUGAUGUCUGGGACAAAGGAAGGUCCCCACAAGCUACACACCCAACCCAAAGAAUCGUUGGUGUCGUCACCUACGAGUGACCAUGUUUCUGAUUCAUCACCAAGGAAGUCUUCAGGGAUGGAAGCAGAUGCUUUCUUGGCCAGUGUGGUGUCAAGUAAGAAGAAGCAAGAUUCAGCCAACAAUCAAAAUGAUGAUAUUCCCCAAGGAAAUGAUGAGAUAUACCAUACAUCUACAGUGAUCAAGAAAAAGAAAUCUUCACCUGUCAAAGGAAUUUCUGUAGCAUCACCUAGAAUUCAGAAGCAACGGAAGAGCAUGCCAUUUGUGUCACCUGGAAAAAGGUCACUCUCCAGAAACAGGCAUGGUUUGGAUGGAAUCCAUCGACGUCGUACAGUGUCUAUGACAAUCGUGGAUAUGAAGAAGCUAAGCGAGGCUAUCGAGAGUCGGAUAGGACAACAGAAGAAAUGUGGAAAGGUUGAUAUCGAUACCCAACCCUAUGAGCCUGAUGCGUCAUUUACUACAAGUGACCGUGAUGUCUCUGGUCUAUCAUCAAGCAAAUCUCCAGGAAUAGAAACAAAUGAAUUCUUGGCAGAUUCUUCAAAAAAUCAAGAACAGCAUGACCAUCCCAAAGUGACUGAUGAUGAGAUAAACCUUCAACCUGCAGUGCUCAAAAGAAAGACAUCUUCAGCCAGUAAAAUGGUAGCAUCAAGAUCACCUAGAGUUCAGAAGGGACGAAGAAGCAUGUCUUUUGUAUCGCCUGGGCAAAGGUCAUUGUCCAGAAGCAUGCAUGGAUUAGACGGCAUAUAUCGACGUCGUGCAGUAUCCAUGACAACUAUGGAUAUGAAGAAGUUAUGUGAGGCCAUCGAGAGUAGGGUAAGAAAGAAGAAGAGAAAUAAAAAUGUUGAUCUUGAUACCCAACCACAUGAAUGUGAGGUCUCAUUUAUGACAAGUGACCAUGAUGUUUCUGACCAUUUGACAAAUUCAUCACGAAGUCAAGAACCGGUUGAUUUUCUUCAAAGGAUUGAUGAAAUGUAUCUUAAAAGUGAGGUAAAGAAAAGAAAGAACUCUUGUAAAACAAUUUCUGUUGCAUCAAGAUCACCUAGAGUUCAGAAGCGACGGAGCUGCAUGCCUUUUGUGUCACCUGGAAAAAGAUCACUGUCCAGAACUACAAAUGGCUUGGAUGAAAUCCAUAGACGUCGUACAGUAUCCAUGACAACCGUAGAUAUGAAGAAGCUACAGGAGUUCAUUGAUUGUAGUCAGAUAAGAAAGAAGGAAAAUGAAAAGGUUGAUGAUCAGUCCCAACCACCUAAUACUUCAUUAACUGUAAAUGAUUCUGAUUUCUCCGGAUCAAGCAGUUCACCAGGGGUGGAAGUAGAUGUCUUCUUGGCUGGCAUAGUGGAUAAGACUAAAGAUUCUACCCAACAGCUGGAACAUGAUGAUGAUGAUUAUCGCAGGAGUAAUGACAGUUUUCACAAGUGUGAAGUCACAAAACAAAAGAUAAUUUCAUCUUGUAAGAAAAUUUCUGCUUCUGCUAGAUCGCCAAGAAUUCAGAAGCAAAGGAACAGUGUGUCACCUGGACAAAGGUUACUGUCUAGAUCCAUGAGAGGUUUGGAUGAAAUUCAUCGAUGCCAAAGUUUGAAAAAGCUGGACAAGAAGAAGCUCCAACAGGCCAUUUAUCUUAGUCAUAUAAGAACGAAGAAGACAGGUGAAAAGGUUGGACAAAACCCACUCCACACUAUCAAGAGCCCUUCCCAGAAAAUAAAAGAGUUGGUGAAAACAGCUGUAGACGAAACGAAACGGUCAGAUAAUGUGACCUCUCUGAAGGGAUGGCACAGUGUACCAGAACCAGAGCUGAGGGUGCAAGAUAAAGCAGUAGCACCUAGGCCAAAGGAAAAGGAAGAAGAUAUCACACAUGCACCUGGUUUCGCUGUUAAGGAAAAAAAAGGGAAAACGCCAGAUUUGAACUUUAAGAAAUUAGAUGAAAUGUAUGAGAGCAGGUUCAACCCCAGUCAGAAGUGUCCUCAAGCUGUGGUGACAAGCAGGGGUCAAGAAUGUACCCAAGCAGAUUUGGACUUUGAAAAAUUGGAUGAAAUGUACGAGAGAUGGUUCAACCCGAGUCCAGAAUGUACCGACGAAGCAGUGGUGGAUAUGGACACAGUUACCAGAAUUCUUAGCUUCCAGGAUGAACAGACAGACUCCAGGAGCUCAAGCCCACCCAUCAUCCAAAGACGUGCUUUUGCCGGAGAUAUCAUCGAUCCCAAGUCUGAUGACAUCAGCGACAGUACUGUUGAUGAGGCAAACAAGACGUUGCUGGAGAAAGAAAUAAGUAGCUUCUUUGAGAGUAAGAAAGGAUAUUCUCCUAAGGAUUUCAGAAAAGGUGCAAAGACCUUGGAUGUGGCAGUGAAUAGAGUAUCUGAAGGUGAGCCUGUCACAAGUACAGGAGCGACAUUGCAGUUACAGAAUGUUUCAGAACAUGAUGAUGUAAUGGUUAUUGACCAAAAGACCCAUUAUAGAAUACCAGAUAGCAUUCAGGAAAUGGAAGGUCAGGCCACUUCACCAAAAUGUGCACCACUGGCAGGUCGGGAUCAUGCUAUGGCUUCGACAAGAUACAACUUUGGUGAAUCAAUGCCUAUUGAUGUUGAAAUGGAUGGACAACAGGAUGACAUCUGCACACCAUUCCAGCACUCGACUCCUGCGGACCACACCCAUCUUCCCCAAUCACACACAAAGACAACAUCCCAGGAUUUACUAUCAGCCUGGGCAGAGAUAGAAAAGGAAGAGAAGUUGUUUGUAAUGUAUUGCCAUGAGGAUACCGCCCCGUGCAUUCUGAAGGACCUGGAGGGUUGUCCAGCCAUCAUAGACGGCAGAAGCCUGUCAUUGAGAUACCUCAACGACACUUUGUCAGUGGAAGUGCAGGGAAUGGUGCUCAAGGAUGAACACAUCACCAAACCAAAGAAAAUCCCAAAGGAAAACAGAAAAGAUGCUGCUAAGAAGGAAAAGAAGAAAAAGAGAAAGAAAGUGUUGACAGUUACAGGAGCAGAUGGAAAGAAAAAUGGUUAG